GGCAGAGAUAGAUCCGACCGUCCGAUGCCCCAAUGGUAUGGUGUGGGUCGUGGAAAGGUCGAUAUCUCCAAAGCUUGAAGGCAUGCAGUCAUGAUGGAUUUGACUACCCUGGAGACUGUGGAGAGAUAGCUAUGUACUGGGAUACGAGUUCUUCAUCCGGUAUAUUUCCCGAGUCUUUCCCUCUUUUGUGCAUCAUAGAGCUUGGUGCCAUGCAACGUGCAUUACUUGCAAUGGUAUGAAGCAGCGUUCACUUCCUGUGUCGGAUCUAUCCAUUUCGCUGGAUUUCAGACCAAGUCAGAUCUAUUUGUCAGCACCUCCCUAGGGAGAUGGCCUUUCCGUAGACGAGAUUUGGAGACCACAGUUGGACCGCCCUCAAGUAAGCUUCGAUACCUAAUAGUACGUAGCACCCUGGCAUCAGUCGUGGCAUUCACCUGUUCCAGUAUACAACGCUUGCGAUGAAGGCUCUAAUAUGGGACGGCGAGAAGGCAAGGGUCAUCAACACAAGGCCGCUCCCCAGACUUCGUGACGACUACAUACUCGUCCGGACCGUUGCAGUCGCAAUCAAUCCAACAGACUGCAAAGCAACCUCACAAGGCAGGGCAGCAACAAACGGCAUUUUAGGAUGCGACUUCGCCGGCAUUGUCGAAGAAGUCGGUGCCAAGGUCACCAAGCCCUGGAAGAAAGGCCAUCGGGUCUUCGGAUUUGCCCAUGGCGCGAACAGCAACAACUCAGAGGACGGCGCUUUUGCAGAAUUCAUCACAGCCAAGAGGGAUCUGUGCAUGGCGACACCAGAAAAGAUGGCUUUCGAGGAGGCAGCCUCCGUCGCCGCAAGCGCCUUCACCUGCGGCCAGGGCCUGUUCGAGGAGAUGAAACUGAACACCCCAGACAACCCGAUCGGCGAACGACAAUACAUCUUGAUAUAUGGAGGAAGUUCUUCAGCUGGAAGUCUUGCCACUCAAUACUGUAAACUAGCUGGAUAUCCCGUGCUGACGACAUGUUCUCCGAACAACAACGAGUUGUGCAGGUCUAGAGGUGCUGAAGCUGUCUUCGACUACAAUGACACAAAUUGUGCGCAAAAAAUACGCGAGUAUGCCCAAGGCGAGCUUUUCUUGGUUUGGGACACCAUUGGCUCUCAACAAGGUAUCGAAAUCUGCAUGGAGUCUAUGUCGACAAAGCCUGGUCACAAAGCAUAUGGCACCAUACUCCUGAACAGGAUCACCCGGCAGGAUGUAGAUUACUCAAGCAGUAUCCUCAUGACGUGUCUAGGCGAGGCUUUUGAUGUUUUGGGAAAGCACUUCCCGGCCGAAACGGAGAAACUUGAAUUCGCCAAAAGACAAGCCUCACUCACGGAGCGCCUGUUGAGGGAAGGUAAACUGAAGCCACACCCAGUUAGAGUUGGUGGUCGUGACUUCCAUGGGGUGCUCGACGAGGGACUACCCGCAAUGUUGGAAGGGAUAGUCAGCGGUGUCAAGUUGGUAUACCGAGUGGCAGACACUUAG